AGUUGAAGUCCACAAGUCUUAAAAGUGGCCCAGCUUGUAUACCCUUAUGCUAGUUGACGGCAAUGAAUAAGCUGCCCGUUUAGCGAUCGUUCCAAGUUUUAACGGCACUGGAGUUGUAGUCCCAUCAACUCAGAAAAAUCCCAAUGGAGAAUGCUGUGGGGCGUAUUCCUCUCAUCCCUCCUCCCCUUUCUCCCCCCCCCCCCCUCCAGCCCCGAAUCCUCCACCUGGCGGGGGCAAAACAAGCGGACUCUCAAAGUCGGCAUCUUCCCGUCUUCCAUCGCGACAGCAGCCGAGGAAGGAGCGCCCCCUGUUGGAAGUCCGCGGAUCAGCCACCCCAUCCGAAGCUCCUUCCUCCACCUGAGUCACGGGGAUAUCGAACCUGAGCGAGGAUGGGGGUCUCCGGACCAGAAGGAGGAGAAAAAACCGAAGCCGCGCGGGGGGCACCUCAGCCCCCCGACUCCCAGCAAGAGCAAGCAGCUGCUGCAACUGGCCCGCCUCUCCAAAAGCUUGGAGUCUAUUUCCGAGUGGUCCAUCCUGCGUCCCAAGGCCAAGUUCCCCCCCUUCCGGGGGGACGGACCCAGCCGGGCUCCCCAGCGGCGUUUCAGCGACCUCCCGGCCCCCAUCCCUUCACCCACCAAGCCCGCCACCGCCGCCGCCCGCAUCCCCAACCCGGCCCUGCCGUCCUGGGCGCUGCCCAAGGCAGAGCCCGCGGGCCCCAAGGAGAAGGAGCAACGGAUGGGCCGGCCGGGUCCCAAAGGCGCCGGGGGGCCAAACCCUCCCGGCGGGCAGCGGCUGACCAUGGGGGAGAUCGAGAAGAAGAUCAAAGAGGUGGAAGACCGGGUGCACGGAGUAACCACUGAGGAGUGCCUGGAGGCCCUGCGGAUGAACGGCUGGGAGGUCCCCAAAACCGUCCAGCUGCUGAAGGUCCACCAGCUCUUCAACCUCAGCUCCCUCUCGUGGGACGAAUGCCGUCGCAUCCUGGAGAAGCACCGCUGGAACCUGGCCAUGGCCUCCCGCUACGUCCUCAGCCGGGGGCUCCGCACCUGAGCAGGGCCAGGGGGGGGGGGGGGGGCAGGGG